GUGCGCUGGCUUGCUUCAAUAUAUUCUGUGCGCUGGGUUUGUGCGCUGGCUUCAGCCUGGUCCAUGCCAGCUAGCACCAAACGACAAAGCGCUGGGACUUUGAACGGCCGUUGUUCGAGAUCGGCCUUUACUCUUGAAUCAAUCUGCAGUUAUGGCAGUUGAGCCCAACGAAGGACUGUUUCUUAAUCUUAUUUCUUCUCUAACUUCAUAAUCAGGGGAGUCAGUGCUUGAUUUAGACCUCUAUUUUGAUCCCAUAGCACCAAGAUGAGCAGUGAUAUUUCCUCUGUGUCUGGAGGUGGGGGUGUGGCCCCUUCUGUCCUUCAGAUCAAGACCCGUCAUCUUGUUCGGCCACCAACCCCAGAGACAAUGAUAACUGAUAGGCCUAAUGACCCAGAUAUCAGCAUAUUCUGUGAGAAAUGCCAUGAGUUCAUCAGUGUAAGAGCCACCCAAGAACACAGGAACUUCCACAGUGCUCUUACUGUGCUUGGCUACACCGGCAAGGAACAACCUGAAAGUGUGAAGGGCCUGCUCAAAAAGAGACAAGAGCUCAUGGUUGCUUUAAACAAGAAAAGCAACCCAGACAGACCUGUAUCCUUGAACAGGCUGCAGAAGAUCAAUGAGGCUUUUGAGCUUGUAAAAUCCCAUCUUGAGGAAACUUAUGAAGAACUGAUCCACAGUAAGGAGAAUUUCAUCUAUGACUGUCAAGGUAUAUCUCUGAACUGCAGCGCCCCAUGUGUGAGGGCAGUGGGAAUUUGCUCCAAUGAUAAUAGCCGUUGGAAGUCAAAGAUGGAGGAUACCCGAGUAUUCCAAGACUAUUAUGGCAAUGAUGUUAACAAAUGUUUCUUUGGUAUUUAUGAUGGCUAUAAUGGUAGGUUUGCUGCAGACGUAGCUGCAAAUGACCUUCACCAUGUCUUCCUUAAUGAGCUUCAGAAGGUUGAUGAUAAGGUCUCCUGUACUUGCGCCGUUAACCUUGCCGAUAAGAAUGAUCUGACGGACUAUCAGCUUGAGCGAGGCUCUCCUAUCGUGCGGAGUGACAGCAUCCGUCACAUAUUACAUGAAGAAAGCGUCAACAUCAUCCAACAGAUCAUGCAUACAUGUGAGAGCAACCUGAUGAAGAUAAGCAAUGAUGACAGCCAGCUAUCACAGAGAGACAGGCCUAUGCGAAAGAAGAAAAAUAAAAAUCCUGAGUAUGAGAAGGUUUCCCAGGCUUACCAUAAUACCUACCUAUAUCUUGAUCAGUAUCUUUCAUAUGGAAUUAAUGAAACCUCACUGGUUCGCUGGAGUGGAUGUUCAGCUCUGUCUCUUCUCAUAAGUAGUGAGGAACAUGUUGGAGUUGAGGAUGGAAAGGAUGGAAACAAAGUUGGUAAUAAAGAUAAAGACAUUCCAAAUGAUAAUGAAGCAACAGAAGAAAAGAAAGAUGGAGAGAAGGAGACUGAAGAGGGUGAAAAAGGCAGUGCAUCAGAGGAUCCAGAAAAGGAAACCAAAGAAGAUGAUGCUCUGCUGGAAGAGCUUGGUGUUUUGCACAUUGCAAAUGCUGGAAAUACCCAAGCAGUCCUCUGCAGAGCUGGGAAGGCAUAUAGUCUAUCAAAAGAUCACACUCCUGGAAAUCAACAGGAGAGGUCACGUGUGGAGAAGACAGGUGCAUCAAUCCAUGCAGGGGGUCCAAAUGGGCGGGUCAAUGGCAUCCUGGACACCACAAGAGGUCUAGGUAACUAUGGAGACCCACAACUCAAGAAGGCAGUCAUCCCUGAUCCAUACACAACCAGCAUCAAGAUUGAUCAGCAUGCUGAGUUUAUUGUCAUGGCAUCCUGUGGCUUGUGGGAUGUACUGACCGAUGAGGAGGUCAUCUCAUUGGUCAAGCAGACCCUUGCCAUUCGCCAGUCACGAACAGAGGCGGAGAAUGUUCCGGACGGAUUUGGUGGCUAUGGGUUGUCAGACGAUACAACAUAUGGAGAGGAUUUCCUUGGUGAGUCAUAUGUGACAGGGUUGGGCACCAGUUACGACCAGGCAGGAUUUGACAAUACAGUAUCAUCAGUCAUUGACAUAGAUGCUGCUGAGGGAGACGAGGCCAAUGUCCAGAAGAAGCAGUUUAGAAAUCCACUUCAGUCAUUGAAGGAGGAUGCCGAUGAUGAAGAUGAUGGUGAUGAUGAUGCCAACAGCAAGUCACAGAUAAACUGGAAUGAACCUCUUACUGAUAAGGACACUGAUGAUCAUCAGAAAACAACAUCCAAUGAAGGGAACAAUCAGAAGAAAAGUAUCAGGGUGAAAGGUGUUGUGGAUGCUAAGGCAGAGAGCGAAAACGAGACGGUCUCUGACAUGAAAAACUACAAGGAAGAAUUCAACGACAAUGCAAGCAUGAAGACAGACUUUGAAAGCCUGAUUUCUGCACUCUGUGAGGAUGGGAAUGAAGCAGAUGUUGAAACUCUGACAGAGCUCCACACCUUCUAUGCAAAGUCCCGGCUUUCCGAUGGACGUAGUAUUGUAGAUAAGAAGGAAGAGUAUAGAUUAACUGCGGAAAUGAUCAGUGAAAGACUAGUUCAGAGUGCCUUAUUGGCUGGCUCAAGGGAUAAUAUCACUAUUAUGGUCAUUCUUCUUCAUGGUUGCCAAUUGUGAAUUGCUCAAUUCAAAACUUGGAAGUAUGAAGUAUAUCAUUCAUUUUAAUUUUUGCUUUUUAAAGAAUCCUUACGUGAGACAAGUUUGUAAAUGCAGAAAUUAAUAUAUAUUUAAUUUAUUAGCCUGUUUCACAAAAAAUGAUUUUGAAUGUCUAAAAUGCCUGAAAAUCAAACACAAAUUCCUAUGUUCAACUUUGGAUUUACUGAUUUUCAAGUUUCAAUUAAUGCCCCCUGAGUUGCUUUUCAAUGCUAGUUAUGUGUCACAUGCCACUUAACUUUUUUAAACUGUUUGGCUUAUGUCAAAUAGUUUAUAUCAAAGAGCAUUUAGUUUGAUCUUCCAGUCUUACACUGUAACACUUCAUAAUCAUACUAGUAUAUUAUGAGGAAAAACAGGAAAUUGAAUGAAAGAAUAUUGACCAAAGCAAUGCAGUAAAUCUUAAUGACUAUGCCAUAUCAAGGAAUAAGGGUUACCUUGCCAAGGGAGCAUGUAAAUUUGGAGAAUGCUUUAAGCUAAAAAGGAAACUUCAGCUGAAAAAGGGGUAAUGAUCAUUAUGCACCUCUGAAAAUAUUUUUUAGAUUACAGCAUCAGACAAAAGCUUAUUAUCAAUAUCAAAAUGCCCUUGUAAAUAAUAAUUUGCCUAACCACGCAAGCACAUAUAAAGUGUUUGGAUAUGUACUAUGUAAACCAGACAAUGAAGUCUCCAAAUGACUUUUAAAUAACUUGGCUUCUGAAAAGCAUGUCCUCACUCUAGAAUGAAAUGAAUCAAUUUCAUUUUCUGGCAGAACUUGAUCAGUAAGAGUAGGAACACCCACUAAUUUGUAAAUCAGUAUUAUUUUUUUGUUUGUUUUUGUUUUUGCUCUAAUAAUUUCUGCAGCAAAGUACCAUUUUAGGAUACUGGGGAGGAUCUUCCUUUUGGCAUUCAGUUCAGAGAAAUACAAUUGUUCUGCUUUUGCCAGAUGCAGUAUUGCUAUUAUAUUCAUAGUAUUCCGUCCAAUUUCGUCCCCUGUAUUCAUGCCAGGGUGGGACUUACAUGUGUGUGUUUAAUGUGCAAACUUUUAUUCUUUUCUUAACAUUUGUGAAUUUUAAGGAGUUAGUUAGAUGAUGUACAAGGUGCUACAUAAGCACUUGCCCGAUUGCCCUGGGCAAGUAAAAGUUAGAGUCGGGCAAGUGUUCUGAAGUAAAGAUAAACUCUACUUACCCGAAUUGGGCAAGCAAAAUUCUCAGAGUAGAAUGACCAAAAUUAGGGUCGAUAUGAUUUAUCGACCCUAAAUUUGAUCAUGGCGGGCAAAAUAAAAUCACUUUGGAAAAAGAAAUGCAAUAAAGGUAGAUCAGUUCAUGUCAAAAGAGAAAAAAAGGUCAAUGGUUUAUGAAAUCGCAAUACUUUCUUUUGAAGAGGUAAAACUUUUUUUUCAAGGAUUUUUUCGGGCAAGUGAGAAAGAUUUUCGUGCAAGUAUAUUCCAACUAUUUAAAAAUGUACUUGCCCGAAAGGGCAAGUGCUUCUAAAAAUGUUGUAGCACCCUGAUAAUAUCUAUCAGUAUAUUGGUAAGAAUUAAAAUUGAUUUACAUAUAUUUUAAGCAACAAAUUUACAAGUGGAAAUAUUCUGGCUUAAGAUUUUAUCCUGUGUAUUGUUUUCUAUUCUGUCAAACAGAAUGUUAUUUUUAUUAUCAGUUUGUGCUUAAAACUUUCCACAAAGGAUAUAUCCACAAUUGUAUACUCUCUUUAAAUUUAGUAUUUGUUUUGAGCAAUGAUCCCGAUUUCAGUUUUGAAUAGAAUAACAGAAAAAUAAGCACAAUUUGAACAAGCUAAUGGUUGACUAACAGAAUGGGGUCAAUCAAAAACAGUCAUUUUAUGUUAUUGUUUCUACCAAGCAAAUAUUUUCAUUCCACAAAUGAAGUUUGUCAAUGAAGACCACCCAAAAAAUUGCUCGUAGAAAUAUUCUCAAACAACACUCCCUUGAGUAGCACUGCCCCCUCUAUGUUUAGUAAAAGGUCAUUUUAAAAGUAUAAAGAUCAUCAAUGUGUAGUAGUAGAGUCAAGUGACCAAGUCAUCUUAGUACGAAUGGAGUUUGGGGUUCAAAUCCUAUCAUCACUAAUUUAGAUAUGCCACAUUUAGUCGAGGCAUUGCAAAUAGGUACCUAGGAGGAAUUUGUUCUGUGAAAUUCUAAAAUGCUGUAUUGCAAGGAAUGGUAGCAAUGAUUUAAACUGGGAUGGGUCUUGUUCUGAAGGUAUUCAAUUCAUUUUAACUGUAAAUGGUUGGUGUUUGCAGCAACGUUGAAUGGUGCAAAGUUCCACUGAUUUGCUCUUCCAAAACAUUCAUUCCCUCAAAAAAAAUUGUUCAGGGUGAGUGAACUUUGCAGUUUCAAGAACUUUGGUCGCAAGCACACAUUUUUUUAUAUGGACAAACCAUUAUAUACAGAACGAGAUAUUGAUGUCUACAAGUUAUUACUCGGGUGUGCAAAUAAUGCAAGAGUAAUGUCAGCAUACAUUCCAUAGUUUACCAAUUUUAGGACAUUUAUCCUAAUCAGGGCCCUGUUGUAUAAAGAGUUGCGAUUGAUCUGAUCAACCCCCAACUAUGGAAAGCCUGCAAUGCCUACCUCUAAAAUGCACCUUUAAAAAAAAAUUGUAGAUAUGAUGUAUAUUCAUACAUUCAUCAUUUUCUUGACAAUUUGGUGCGUUUGCCUGUGUUUACAAAGGACAUUCUGCAAAUUUCCUGUAGAAAAAAUUAUGACACCGAUGUUAUGAUUUCCAUAGUUAUGAUUGAUUGGAUCAAUCGUAACUCUUUGUUAGAUGGGGCCCUGGCCUUUUCAAUUUCAAGUAAAAUAUGUGUGUAAAGUGACUGAGUGCUUGUGCAUAUAAUUAUAUAUCUCUAUGAUGCUCACUAUUUUGGCAUUGAAUUUCUAGUAUUCUAUGUUGUAAAUUUUGUCAUGAGUUCCUAUUUCCGUCCUUUUCCAAUAAAAAAAAACACAAUUUUUUAUGCAAUA